AUGUCCAGAGAUCUUCCCAAGAUGCUCCCACAAUGCGACGGACCCAAGCUUCACCCCUUCUCCAAGAGAGCAGUCGAUAUUCAAUUCGUUCGUCUUCUUAGCGACAACGAGCAGGAUGGGCAGUCGCAUGUCUUUGAGGUCAUUAUAGACGGUAUGCGUUAUGCUUUGAAAGUGUUCAAAUUCUAUGAUGUGGACUCUGCUACAUUCAGCAUGAGCAAAAAAGAACUAGAGAAAAUACCGAUCGAGACCAUUCGCUUGCAGACCGAUCCUUUCUACAAUGAAUGUCGUGCUUAUGGCAGACUUAUAGAAUGCGAUGUCAACGGAAAGGUCGCCGUGCGCUGUCACGGCCAUAUAGCUAUUCCAGCUGCAAGAGAGGAAGAGCUAGAUCGACGCUUUGAAGUCUAUGCAUGGGACCGUCCCGAGGACGACUCAGAACUGUCAGUAUCUAAGAGACAGCCAUUUCGCGCAAUCGUCAAGGAUCUCAUAGAAGAUGACCGUCCACUCAACGAAAAGAACCUGAUCAGGAUGCGGAAGGAUUUGCUCAAGAUGCAUAAAUUUGGCGUGUAUCCACAAGACGUGCAAGAACGAAAUUACGGGGGUGGACUGCUUCUAGAUUUCAGCAUCGCUAUCACAAAGCCUCAUUGGGUCUUCGAGACGAAGAGGUCGUGGUGGAUUAGAAUCAUGAUUAACAAUGACAUGAAUAUGUUGCAGGAGAUGAUCCUAGAGUCUGGGGUAAAGACAUGGCAACGUGCGGUGAGGAAUAGGGAAUACUGUAUGAAAUUGCGAUGA